AUGUAUCGGAAGUUGUCUAAGUUAGAACACUCGGAAAUAAAACAACUUCUUACAGAAGCUAAUAUAGAUGUUGCAAAGCAUUACGCAACAAACAAAAAAGCACUCGCUGACAUCCUCAAUGACUAUAAUGGUGCAAUAAGUUAUGAUAGAAUUCAUGAGUUCAUAAAGCCGCAACGCGGCGAGGACGAAGUCCAUGCAAGAGCAUUUCCUUUAAAUGACGUUGCUAUUGACUUAUAUCAUAGACGUUCAGUACCUCAUGAAGUAAGAAGAGAAAUGUUUGACAUAACAAAUGCAAACGUUGGUGAAACAAGAAGAAGAGACGACACACUGAAACAACAGAGAAGAGAGAUGUUUAAGAGCGCUAUAGAACAAGUUCGCAAAGCUAACGAUGUCCUUCGUUCCAUUGACGACAAACCAAAAGAAGGUGAGAGAUGGUUAAAGAAAGAUGAAGAGAAUAGGAAGAG